AUGGCGGCCGAGGCCGUGGCUUCACGCCUGGAGCGGCAGGAGGAGGACAUCCGCUGGCUAUGGGCGGAGGUCCAGCGCCUAAGGGACGAGCAGCUGAACGCGCCCAACCGCGGCCAGGCGGAGGGGCCGUGUCUGACGCGGGAGGUGGCGCAGCUCCGGGCCGAGAACCGCGACCUGCGCCACCACCUCUACCGCCUGCGACUGUGCCUCGCCGAGGAGCUGAGCCAGCAGGCUAAGCUGGAGAGCGCGGCGCCGGCGGCGGCGGCGCAGGAGGCCAGGCGCGCAGCUGCGGGCGUUCAGCCUCCUUCCAGUCAAACCCAAGAAAAGAAUGCUAAAAUGAAGGAGGAAAGCAGGCCUGAGAGCGAGGUGACAAAUCAGCCAGAUUUUGUGAAGGAAAGAUUGAAGCUGUUUGAAAUAUUGAAGAAAGACCAUCAGCUCCCAUUUGCCGUUACUGACAAAAAGGGGAGUACAAACAACGUGAUCACAGUGAGAGUGGCUGAUGGGAAAACAGUGAAAGGGGAAGUCUGGAAAACGACACCUUAUCAAGUGGCUGCUGAAAUUAGUCCAGAACUGGCUGAAAGCACAGUUGUAGCCAAAGUAAAUGGUGAACUGUGGGACUUGGACCGUCCAUUGGAAGGAGAUUCUGUUCUAGAGCUGCUUACAUUUGAUAAUGAGGAAGCUCAAGCUGUGUACUGGCACUCCAGUGCUCACGUCCUUGGGGAGGCCAUGGAGCUCUACUAUGGAGGCCACCUGUGCUAUGGUCCACCCAUUGAAAAUGGAUUUUAUUAUGACAUGUUCAUCGGAGACAGGGCAGUGUCCAGCACGGAACUGUCAGCCUUGGAGGAUAUCUGUAAGACCAUCAUCAAAGAAAAGCAGCCUUUCGAAAGACUGGAAGUCAACAAGGAAGUGCUCCUCGAAAUGUUUAAGUACAAUAAAUUUAAGUGCCGCAUCCUGAAUGAGAAAGUGAACACGCCAACUACGACAGUUUACAGGUGUGGUCCACUAAUUGACCUCUGCAAAGGCCCCCAUGUAAGACACACUGGAAAAAUUAAAACCAUAAAAAUUUUCAAGAAUUCCUCAACAUAUUGGGAGGGAAAUCCCAAAAUGGAAACACUGCAGAGGAUCUACGGGAUCUCAUUCCCUGAUAACAAGAUGAUGAAGACCUGGGAAAAGUUCCAAGAGGAAGCCAAGAACCGAGAUCACAGGAAGAUUGGAAAGGAACAAGAACUGUUCUUUUUCCAUGAUUUGAGUCCUGGAAGCUGCUUUUUUCUUCCCAGAGGAGCCUUCAUUUAUAAUACACUUAUGGAUUUCAUACGAGAGGAAUAUCACCGACGUAACUUCACAGAAGUGCUCUCUCCCAACAUGUACAACAGCAAACUAUGGGAGACCUCAGGUCACUGGCAGCAUUAUAGCGAGAACAUGUUUACCUUUGAUAUUGAAAAGGAUACGUUUGCCCUAAAGCCCAUGAACUGUCCAGGGCACUGUCUAAUGUUUGCUCAUCGUCCACGAUCAUGGAGGGAAAUGCCUAUCAGAUUCGCUGAUUUUGGAGUUCUUCAUAGGAAUGAAUUGUCAGGAACUUUAAGUGGCUUGACUCGAGUUCGGCGCUUCCAGCAGGAUGAUGCCCACAUCUUCUGCACAGUAGAGCAGAUCGAAGAAGAAAUAAAUGGCUGUUUGCAGUUUUUGCAAUCUGUUUAUUCAACAUUUGGCUUCUCCUUUCAAUUAAAUUUGUCAACAAGGCCUGAAAAGUUCCUAGGCGAGGUUGAGAUAUGGGAUGAAGCUGAAAAGCAACUACAGAACAGCUUGGUGGAAUUUGGAAAACCAUGGAAGAUGAACCCAGGAGAUGGAGCAUUUUAUGGCCCCAAGAUUGAUAUAAAAAUCAAGGAUGCUAUUGGCAGAUAUCAUCAAUGUGCCACAAUUCAGCUGGACUUCCAACUACCUAUUAGAUUUAAUCUUACAUAUGUUAGUAAGGAUGGAGAUGAUAAGCGGAACCCCGUGAUCAUUCAUCGAGCCAUUUUGGGGUCAGUGGAGAGAAUGAUAGCCAUCCUGUCGGAAAACUAUGCAGGGAAGUGGCCUUUCUGGCUGUCUCCUCGUCAGGUAAUGGUCAUCCCCGUGGGGCCAACUUGUGAAAAAUUCGCACUGCAGGUAUCCAGUGCGUUUUUUGAAGAAGGACUCAUGGCUGACGUUGACUUAGAUCAUAACUGUACACUAAAUAAGAAAAUACGAAAUGCACAGCUGGCUCAGUAUAAUUUUAUUUUGGUGGUUGGAGAAAAGGAAAAGACAAAUAAUGCUGUAAAUGUUCGAACAAGAGACAACAAAAUUCACGGAGAGAUUUCUGUAGCUUCUGCCAUUGAUAAGUUGAAGAAUCUCAAGAAAUCACGUACACUAAAUGCUGAGGAAGACUUUUGAAGUUCUUUCCUGUACUUGCUUCUGUAUAACCUUGUUUUGACCCCUAAAAAUGCAUUUUUCUUUACCGGUAGUACUACUUCUAAGAACUUUUUUUUUUAAGAUUUUUUUCUUUACUUAUUUAUUUGUCAGAGAGAGAG